AUGUCGUCUGUGCAUUCUAAUUAUGGAGGAAUAUUUUUUGUUUAUGGGUAUGGAGGUACUGGGAAAACUUUCAUUUGGAGAGCAUUGUCUGCAGGGAUUCGUUCGAAGGGCGAUAUUGUUUUAAAUGUGGCGUCAGGUGGCAUAGCAUCUUUAUUAUUGCCGGGUGGUAUAACGGCCCAUUCUCGGUUUAAAAUUCUCAUUAUUGUGAAUGAAGAUUCUAUGUGCAAUAUUAAACCAGGUAGUGCACUUGCUGAGUUGAUUGUGAGAGCAAAGCUUAUUAUAUGGGAUGAAGCUCCAAUGAUUCAUAAACAUUGCAUAGAAGCCGUGGAUAGAACUUUAAGAGAUAUUAUGCGUGUAUCUGAUCAAUUAAACAUGAACAAGCCGUUUGGUGGAAAAACGGUUGUUUUCGGUGGUGACUUUAGACAAAUUUUGCAUGUUGUUCCUAAAGGCAGUCGUCAAGAUGUUGUGAAUGCUACUAUUAACUCAUCUUAUCUUUGGAAGAGUUGCACAGUUGUAAGUCUGACAAAAAAUAUGAGGCUUUUGAAUGUGGAAAAUGUUGAUGAAGCCUCCAAAUUGAAGGAAUUUUCCUCUUGGGUUGCUUCUAUUGGCGAUGGUGUUGUUGGUGGUCCAAAUGAUGGGGAAGUGAGUAUUCAACUUCAUGCUGACAUUGUUUUGUCAAAUUCUGGUGAUCCUCUUAGAACCAUUGUUUCAAAUGUCUAUCCUUCUUACAUGAUUCCUGAAGAAUUGAUUAGCUGUUUGCAUGGCCGUGCUAUACUUGCUCCUACAUUAGAGGUAGUUGAUGAGGUUAACCAAUUCAUGAUUUCUUUGGAUCAGCCUCCAGGUCGUGUUUACUUAAGUUCUGAUAGUAUUUCAAAAUCUGAUUUCACAUCAAAUGGUCUCGCUGAGAUACAUUCUGUGGAGUUCUUGAACAGUUUGAAGUGUUCUGGUACUCCUAACCAUGAAUUGUUGUUGAAAGUUGGUGAUUAUGUGUUAGAAGGACGGGUAUUGGGUAGCCAUAAUAUUGGCCAUAAAGUGUUGAUUCCUCGAAUGUCCCUAAUACCGUCUGAUCCGAGAUUGCCUUUCAAGUUCCAAAGAAGACAGUUUCCUUUGACUGUGUCGUAUGCAAUGACCAUUAACAAGAGUCAGGGUCAAUCACUCUCUCAUGUUGGAUUGUUUUUGAGAAAACCUGCUUUCAAUCAUGGACAACUGUAUGUUGCUAUAUCAAGAGUCACAAGUCGUGAAUGUUUGAAGAUUUUGGUGUGUAAAGAUGAACAAGGUGAAGGCUAUGGUGAUUCUACUGUUAACAUUGUUUAUAAAGAAGUUCUUCAAAACUUAUGA